AUGCUAGAAGAACUACUUUCCACACUGCCCUCAUGGGCGUGGCUUGUGGUUGUCCUCAUAUCUCUAGUGUGGUGGUACAACCACAAGCCAGCACCACCAAACUACCCGCCUUCUCCUGGUCUGUCCCUGCCUCUGAUUGGUCAUCUCUAUUUGAUGGAGAAAGAUCCAAGAAAAAACUUCAGACAAUGGGCACGGACAUUAGGAGGGGCUUUCAGCUUAAAGAUGGGGACAGCACCGUUUGUAGUGUUGAACAAAUAUGAGCUGAUCCAUGGGGCGCUUGUUAAACAGGGAGAUAACUUUUCUAACAGAUCGAGCACAGAUAUUUUCGCUAAACAGUUUCAAAAGCGUCAAAAUGGGAUUAUUCUUUCAUCUGGCCCUUUAUGGAAAGAAAUUAGAUCUACGUCGAUGACAAUUUUAAGAGAUUUAGGCAUGGGUAAAAAUAUCCUGGCGGAAAAAAUAUCCGAGGUGGUUGAAGUUUACCUGCAGGAGUUAUCUCACCUGGACGGUAGAGCAACAAAUGUCAGGAAUUUAACCAACGCUUGCGUCGCUAACGUCAUCUGUUCAAUUAUCUUCGGGAAAAUGUUUGAGUUGACGGAUCCAACCUUCACUAAACUUUUAACCCUCAACCAAAAACUAGCGUUAGUGUUUUCGCCUACCUCGGUUUUUAACUUUUUUCCUUAUUUGAGGCUCGUUCCUUUUGACCCAUUCAACUUAAAGCAGAUGAUCGCCAUCACAGAUGAGAUCAGAAACUACACAAAAGAUCUAGUCACAGCAAAGAUUCGCCAGUCUGACUCUACCAGUGCUGAUUGUUUCAUCUCGGCCUUUCUCGCUGCAGUCCGCGUUAAGAAUCAUCAUGGUCAGCCCACACUACUGGACGAAGAAAAACUCAGCGUCGCCGUUGAAGAUUUGUUUGCGGCUGGAUCUGAGACUACCAGUACAACACUGAUGUGGGCCAUGCUGUACGCUUUACAUUACCCAGAAACACAGGAGAAAAUCUAUCAAGAAAUUGUUGACAAUGUUGGAACUAAUCGAUCACCUACAAUUUAUGACAAGGCAAAACUAAAUUAUUUAAACGCGUUCAUCAUGGAAACCCAAAGGGUGUCGACUAUAUUACCACUAGCUCUGAUUCACGAGUGUUCACAAGACACGACCGUUGGCGGUUACACCAUCCCUAAAUGGACACAAGUCCUGCCCAACUUGGAUUUUGUACACAACGACCAGCAAGUCUGGGGAGACCCGGGGAACUUUAGACCCGAGAGAUUUCUUGAUGACCACGGUGACGUCAUCGCGCGCGAGGAGCUGAUACCCUUCUCAGUUGGUCGACGGUUAUGUCUGGGUGAUUCCUUGGCUAAGAUGGAGUUGUUUCUCUUCCUAGCUGGUUUAUUUCAAAGGUUCCACCUGCUCCCAACUGACCCAGCCACCUUACCACCACUGACAGGUGUCGUUAGUGUAGUUGUAGCCCCGGAGGCUUUUGACAUCAGGAUGGUGGAGAGAGACAACUGAUGUCAACAGGUUUAUGUCAAAUGUGAUUGGUGUGAUGUAGUUAUGUUGAUGUCGCCAGGUUG